CAGAACUUGCUCCAGAAAAAAAAUCAACAACAACAACAACAAAAUUCAAUCCAAAUUGAUUGUAAAUUAAAUGGUGGAUAAAAACAUAUCCGAUUUUGAUGGAAACUUAAUUAUGUUCACCAUUCAUCAAAUUAAUGUCAAAAAUUUUAAUUCAAUAUUUUUACUUUAUUUGAUCAGUACAUUAUCAUUGAAUUUACCAUUGUGUUUAUGUCAAAAUAUGAUCUGUCAACGGAUACCGAAUCUAAAUGUACAACAAUUAAAAAUUUGUCAAAAAAGUCCGGAAAUAUUAUCAGUAAUAAGGAAAGGUAUACAAAUUGCACUUUCCGAAUGUCAACAAUUAUUUAAUAAUCGUAUACAAUUACAUCCAUCAUGGAAUUGUUCAACAUGGAUACAGAAUUCAUUAAAUCGUUUAUAUGUUAAUAUAACUGAUAUUAAUAUCAAAGGCACAAAAGAAGCAUCAUUUGCACAUGCAUUAUUUGCCGCUGCCGUUGUUUAUACAUUAAGUGAAGCAUGUACGCGAAGUAAUUUUCCAUAUUGUUCCUGUAGAUCUUUAAAAAAAGAUUAUAACCAAAUCGAUUUGUUUGAUAUUACUGAUUAUUCUUCCUCAUCAUCAUCAUCCUCAUUUUUCACAACAUCAUCAUCAUCUAAUGAAGAUAAUUUAUUGCAAUCAUCAACAAAUGAUUUACAUUCAAAUCAAGAAUGGAAAUGGAAUGGUUGUUCACAUAAUAUACAAUUCGGUGUAGAAACAGCAAGAAUUUUUCUUGAUUCAUCCGAACAUCAAAUUAUGUCACCAUAUUCAUUAAUAAAUUUACAUAAUAAUAAUGUUGGCCGUAAGAUUAUUCGUGAUGGCCUAAUAUAUCGUUGUCAAUGUCAUGGUUUUAGUGGAUCAUGUACAUUUCGUACAUGUUGGCAUACGAUACGUGGAUUUCGACAGGCAACACAAUUAUUAUAUAAUCGUUAUAUUGGUGCUAAAAUGGUAUCAUAUUCAUGGCUAAAUAAAUCAUUUCGACAAAAAUAUGAAAAACAUAUAAGAAAAAAAUCGAUAAAAUUAAAUCAAUUAAAACAAUUACAAAAAGCAUUCAUUAAUAUAACAUUAUUUGAUUUGAAUCAACCAAAUAUGAAUCGUUUGAAUGAUUUAAAUAUAAAAGCAAGUAAACGUGAUUUAAUCUAUAUUAAACCAUCAAUUAAUCAUUGUCAAACAAUAAAACAAUCAUCAAAUAAUCAAAUAUCAUCCAAACCAAAUGAAUCAUUAUUAUGUAUGGUUGGAACAAAUACUUCCAUCAUUAAUGAUAUUGAUGAAAUAAAAAAUCAAUAUCAACAAUGGCCACCGAUCGAAUCGUGUGAUAAACUUUGUUGCAAUUCAGGUUAUCGUAAACGAACAAGAUUGAAAACAUAUAAAUGUGAAUGUGUAUUUCAAUUCUGUUGUUCAAUUGUAUGUAAAUCAUCGUGUUCAACAUUAACCACCGAAUAUGAAUGUAAUGAUAUUAAUGAUAAUAAAAAACAAUGAAAAACUUGUAACAUUAUAAUUCACAUAAUUGAUUAAUCAAUCAUGUUAAUUAUUUCAUAGGAUUCCAUUUAAUUUAUUGAUUCAUAACAAAACAGCAUCAUCACUUUUUUGU